UUUGUUGUCGCGCUCUACCCUUCUCUUCUCUCUGCGGUUGGCUUCAUCACUCUUCUUCUUUCUUCCCGCUUCCUGGCACUCGUUUGUUCUCUUCAAGCCAAUCUCUCUCUCCGAGGAAGAACAAUGGCGUCCUUUUCACCGGCCGUCGCUGGGCUUCUGCUGCGCUCCAUCGUCAUCGUCAUCGUCAUGGUGGGCGUCCUCACUCUCUCCGCCAAUGGACUGGAGUUCCGGGUGGGUGGCCCCAGAGGGUGGGUGGAGCCCACCGGCAACGACACGGAUAAGUACAACGAAUGGGCCUCCGAAAACCGAUUCCAUAUCGGCGACUCCCUCUAUUUCAAGUACGAGAACGACUCGGUGCUGGUAGUGAACGGCCAAGAGUACAGUCGCUGCAACAACUCCUUCCCCAUCCACAAGUUCAAGGACGGAAACACCAGCUUCACGCUCGACCGCUUCGGCUACUUCUACUUCAUCAGCGGCACCUACUCCCACUGCCGCAACGGCCAGCGCCUCAUCAUCCGCGUCAUGGGCCAGCCCGCCGCCCCUGCCCCAGAGCCAACCGGCCCCGGUGGCGACGACGAGCCCGCCACCCACAACCCGCCGCCCGAAGACAAGCCCAACUCCGCCGCCACUGUAACCGCUAGCGGUCUUCUCCUGGUGGUCGCGCUGGGUUUCAUGUUCCUCGUUCCUGGACACCUCCUCCCGUAGGGGACUGCCUGCUGCACCAUGUCUUUCUCUUUGCUUCCUUUUCCUCAUAAUUAAGAAAAUCUUUGGGCUCUUAUUCAUUAUUCAUAUGCCAAAGAUUUCCAUAGACUUUACUUGUGUUGUUCUUUUACUUACCGUCC